AUGGCCCCACUGGGCAGGGAUGGCCUGGCUGGCUUGGGGGGGGUCCUAGUGCUACAGGACAGGCUCUCGGCCCGCGAAGCCGCUCCCACGUGCGCGCGCGGUGCGCUGAUUGGCCACCCUGCGGGCCCGCCUCGAUCACGUGAUCGCGCGGAGGUCAUAUGGGCGCGUGUCAUGUGCCCGCCUCCGAUCAGCGCCGCCAGGAGCCGGGAUCGCGGGGUCUGCGGGACGGGACCCCGGGGGCGGAAUGGACCGGGAGGGACGGGGGCCAGCCUGGGGGAUUGGGGCCAUCGGGGUGGAACGGCAGCGGCACCAAGCUGGGACUGGAGGAGCAUGAGGGAGUGGGCAGCCCGGCACCGGGGAAGCCAGGGCCAUGCUAGGGUCAGCGGGACGGGACGGGACGGGACGCGGAAGUGGGCUGCUGCCGGGAGCGCGCAAGGGACCGGGCCACUGGGACGGACCGGGCCAGCCAGGCUCCGGGGAACAGGACGGGUCGGGAGGGUGGCACUGAGCCGGGACCGUAAGAAGGACCUGGACUGGCCUGAGGGACCGGGACGGGUCGUGUCCGUCUGGGUUUGGGGCACUUAUGGGACAGCGCCCGUUCCCGGUCAGCAGCGCCCCGAGCCCCCACUCUCCUCCCUGCAGAUGGAGCCGGUGCUGCCGUGGUUGCUGCUGCUGCUGGUGGGGCUGGGCCAAGCUGCCCCCUCGGGCCAUGAGGUGACCUUCCUGCCCGGGCUGGCCAAGCAGCCUGCUUUCCGCCACUUCUCUGGUUACCUCUGUGCCGGACCAGGCAAGCACCUGCAUUACUGGUUUGUGGAGGCCCAGAGCAACCCCCAGAGCAGCCCUUUGGUGCUGUGGCUGAAUGGGGGCCCUGGCUGCAGCUCCAUGGAGGGCUUCCUGAAAGAGCAUGGUCCCUUCAUGAUCCAGCCUGAUGGAGUCACGCUGAAGUACAAUGACUAUGCCUGGAACAAGAUCGCCAACAUGCUCUACCUGGAGUCUCCUGCUGGCGUUGGCUUCUCAUACUCCGAGGACAAGAACUAUGUCACAAAUGACACGGAGGUUGCUCACAACAACUACCUGGCACUGAAGGACUUCCUGCGGCUCUUCCCCGAGUACGCCAAGAACGAUCUCUUCCUCACUGGGGAGAGCUAUGGGGGCAUCUAUAUCCCCACGCUAGCUGAGUGGGUGAUGCAGGACCCCAGCCUCAACUUGAAGGGAAUCGCUGUGGGAAACGGCCUCUCCUCGUACGAGAUCAACGACAACUCCCUGGUUUACUUUGCCUAUUACCACGGGCUGCUGGGCACCGAGCUGUGGCGGGACUUGCAGGCCUUCUGCUGCUCCCAGGGAAAGUGCAACUUCCAUGACAACUCCAACUUGAACUGUACCCUCAAGAUGCAGGAGACGAUUCAGAUCGUGGAGGAGUCUGGUCUCAACAUCUAUAACCUCUAUGCCCCAUGCGAUGGUGGUGUCCCUGGGAGCAUGAGGUACGAGGGUGACCGUCUUGUCACACAUGACUUGGGCAACUCCUUCAUCCGGAUGCCAAUGAGGUUCUCCUGGCGGCAGAACCUGUUCCGGAUGCCAGUAGCUCAAAAACAAGUCCGGAUGGACCCACCUUGUACCAACUCCACUGCUCUCAGGGUGUAUCUGAACUCUCCGGAGGUGAAGAAGGCUCUCCACAUCUCCCCCGACGCCCUGGACUGGGAUGUGUGCAGCUUCGAGGUGAACCGCAGCUACAAGCGCCUCUACAUGCAGAUGAACGACCAGUACCUGAAGCUGCUGGGAGCCAUGAAAUACCGGAUCCUGGUGUACAAUGGCGACGUUGACAUGGCCUGCAACUUCCUCGGUGAUGAGUGGUUUGUGGACUCCCUCUGCCAGAAGGUGCAGGUGGCUCGCCGGCCCUGGCUCUACAGUGAGCGAGGGGAGAACCAGAUCGGGGGCUUUGUGAAGGAAUUCACCAACAUUGCCUUCCUCACCGUCAAGGGAGCCGGCCACAUGGUGCCCACGGACCGGCCGCUCGCUGCCUUCACCAUGUUCAGCCGCUUCAUUAAGAAUGAGCCUUAUUAGUGUCUGUGGGGGCAGUGCCCGGCUGCCCACCUGCCCUCACCGCUGGUACCUCCUGCAUCGCCUGUCCUGGCUGUGCCUGGGCUCCCUGCACUGUUGAACGGGGUCACUGCUGUG